GCAGGUAGUACGCCGCUAUUCAUAUUUGUAGGCCAAACCUUCGAUUGUGAUGCAAUUGUUGUUUUGGAGAAGAAAGUGAAAGUUUCACUCGACUGCUAUUUGAUUAACACAUAAACUAAGUUGUUAUCAAAACAACUUUACGCUCUUGUGUGUGUGUUAAGUGAUCAGUGAAGAAGUAACGAUAAUACUUCUACUGCUGUAACGUGCUCCAAAAGGUCAGCGACAAGAACAACAACAUCAGGCAACUGCAACAACAACUCGGGCAAACAACACGCGAUUCAAAGCUGGCGAAAGCAAAAACAACGGCCCAUGUGCACGCGACUUGAAAGUUGCGCGCGUAAUUGGGACCGUCCAGUUUAACCUAAAAUCACGCACAAUCCCAAUCAGAAUCCCGAGUACAAAGUAUUCCACAGUUAAGUGAGGCAUGAGUCGUCCCCUGGCCACGCCAGGAUGGAGCAUCCUGCCCUUUCGGGUAUCCACAACGACAAAAGUUGUGCUCUUCUCGUUGACAGCCGGCGUAGCCCUGAUGAGUGUCCUAUCACGGUUCCUGCGACGGCGAAAGCCGCCGCGUCCCAUCCGAAGGCCGCGCAAGUAUACCGGACGACGCACACGGAAUAGCAUGCGGAGUCCCAACGAUCUGACGUCCGUGGCUGGCUCGAAGGCAUCGGCGCGAUCGGGCAGUCCCGUUGGCUCGACGGUGGCGUACUCGGAUCGCCUGUCAAUGGCGUCGGGCUCUAUUGGUGCCAUGGCACAGAAUCAGCAAUUGGCAGGGACCGGUGGCGCUGGAGUAGUGCCGCAGCUGACGGCCCAACAGCUGGGUGUGAUGGGCAUGGAGGCACUGGAUACAGUGAUAAACUUUUGGGAAGAUGCACUGGCCGCGCACUAUUCGCCCGGCGGAGUACCAGCCUCGCUGACAACAGCCGAAGACUCGGAGUUUUGUCGUGAGAUUCAGAACCUGCUGGAAAUGGCGUAUACGCUGCAGGAGCAAAGCGAACUUCUCUUCCUUGAUCAGCGCUCGGUGCUCUUCCGCGAGGAACAUUCCAUAGACGAGGCUGAGGAGGACGGAUUGGCUGCCACCGGAGACGGGGACGACGAUCGGCAUUCGCGAAAGUCGGGCAGCGUAUUGAGUCGCGUUGGCUCCGAUCCCAACUUCGAUUCCGCAGAAAGCUUCGCCUCAGCCCUGGACCAAGUGGCCGAUCUGCGCGAAUUCGAUGGCUUUAUUGAGAUGGCGUACGAAGAGUAUCCGCUGUUUCAGACUGCGCUGAAGCAUCACGAAGAGUACACAGUGCCCUGUCGGACGAUGCGGACCGAGCUGAUGCACUGCAGCAGCGACACCGAAUAUUUGGCCAAGCUGCACUGCGUACGACUUGCCUUUCAGUAUCUAUUCAAAGAUGCGGCCGUCGGGCAAUGGAUUUGCGAUGCGGGCCGACAGAUACUGACCGAUCUGUUAUGCCUGGGUGACAAGGACACCAAAGAGUUCCUAGUGGGCUACGAGGAUAUGGUUAACUAUCUGCAGGAGCCCAGCAACUGGCCGUGCAUCCAAAUGGAGCUCGAGCAGCGCAAUGUGAAGGCGAUGACAUUUUACGACAUUUGCCUUGACUUCAUCAUACUGGACUCGUUCCGGGACUUGGAUGCGCCACCAGCUAGCGUUACGGCCGUUGUUCAGAAUCGUUGGCUGUCCAAUGGCUUCAAAGAAACGGCGCUGACAACGGCUGUCUGGUCGGUGCUAAAGGCAAAGAAGCGUAUGCUUAAAUUUCAAAAUGGAUUUAUGGCCCACUUCUAUGUGAUAUCGGAACAGAUAUCACCUCUGAUGGCCUGGGGCUUUUUCGGGCCCAACGAGAAUCUACGUGAUAUUUGCCAUUAUUUUCGGGAGCAACUGCUGGCCUUCUUGGCGGACAUUUACAGCUUCCAGAAGAGUCGCUUCACUACCAUUGAGGAAUUCUCGGAGGAUGUGCUGAAGCAUAUGCAGACGCGCGUCAACAACAUUGGCGUUAAGUUUAGUCAAUAGAGAGACAUAGACAGAGGAGAUGAUGAUGAUGAUGAUAAUAAUGAUGAUAAUAUUGUUUA